CAAACUCAUCCCAUGUGAUCAAAUCAUCAGAUAAAAACCCAAACUCAACAUUUCAUUUCAUUUCAUCCAACUCAGAUUGUUCAGUUAUGGAGAUGGUUUCAGCCGCCUCCAAUGGAAGUUCCGCCGGAACCAAGACAAGGGACAUCGACGACCUUCUCGCCGGCGUCGGCUACAAAGUCCGGUCAUCGGAGCUCCGUCAAGUUGCUCAAAAUAUUGAACGCCUGGAGAACGUUAUCGUGAACUCAUCCGCCGACAUUUCUCAACUUGCUUCCGACACCGUCCACUACGACCCCUCCGACAUCGGAUCCUGGGUGGACACUCUUCUCUUCGAGUUCGACCACACCGUAUCCUUACCCUACGAUCUCUCGGACUUACCUGAUCUCGCCGCAGCUCCGCCACAAGGUCACCACAACCACCACCGUCAGUUAACAACCACCGUGGAAGAAGACUCGGGGAUAAGGCUUGUCCACAUGCUGAUGACGUGUGCGGAAUCUCUGCAACUUGGCGACCUCGCAUUCGCUGGCUCUCUCAUCGAGGGCAUGCAGGGUUUGUUGGCACACGUCAACACCAAUUGCGGCAUCGGAAAAGUCGCCGGCUACUUCAUCGACGCCUUGAGCCGCCGUAUCUUCGCGCCGCCGUCGCAGCUUCAAAACAUCAUCUUAGGCUCUCCUUACGAGAACGAUGUUCUGCAUCAUCACUACUACGAGGCUUGCCCCUACCUCAAGUUCGCUCACUUCACCGCAAACCAAGCCAUCCUUGAAUCCUUCAACGGUCACGAUUGCGUCCACGUCAUCGAUUUCAACCUCAUGCAGGGUCUCCAGUGGCCUGCGCUAAUACAAGCCCUCGCGCUUCGUCCUGGUGGGCCCCCCUUGCUCCGGUUGACUGGCAUUGGUCCACCGUCGCCGGACGACCGCGACACGCUCCGGGAAAUCGGGUUGCGGCUUGCCGAGUUGGCUCGCUCCGUCAACGUCAGAUUCGCGUUCCGCGGCGUGGCGGCGUGGCGUCUCGAGGACGUGAAACCGUGGAUGCUUCAGGCGAGUCCUAAGGAAGCGGUGGCGGUUAACUCAAUCUUGCAGCUUCACCGUCUCCUCGGGUCUAAAGCUGAUCCGAUCCAAUCGGGUAUUGAAAUGGUGCUUGGUUGGAUCCGGACUUUGAACCCGAAAAUAAUGACAGUUGUGGAGCAGGAAGCGAACCACAACGAGAACGGGUUCUUGGAGCGGUUCACGGAGGCAUUGCAUUAUUACUCGACCAUUUUUGAUUCGCUGGAGGCGUGUCCGGUCGAACCGGAUAAGGCUAUGGCAGAGGUGUAUCUGCAGAGGGAAAUAUGCAACGUGGUGUGUUGCGAAGGAUCGGCUCGGGUGGAGAGGCAUGAGCCGUUGACUAAGUGGAGGGAACGACUCGGGAAAGCCGGGUUCAGGCCUCUUCAUUUGGGUUCGAACGCGUUCAAGCAAGCAAGCAUGCUUUUGACUCUGUUCUCUGCGGAGGGUUACUGCGUCGAAGAGAACCAAGGUUGCUUGACUUUGGGUUGGCAUAACCGCCCUCUCAUUUCUGCUUCGGCUUGGCAAGCUUUGCCUCCACGAGACAGCGAAACGCUGCGUUUAGAUAGCUGA